GAGAUGCUAUCCUCUGCCAUGUUUUCUGUUUCGAAAUACGCUGUGUGAUCUUAAGCUUACUAUGUUGUUGAUGUAUGUAUGUUGUAUAUUUGGACAAAAAAUGAUAGCUUACUGCUUACCGAAUACUACACAAUAUACACUUUACACCUUACGCUGAGGGAAACGACUGACCCUUGGUGCUUGAAGCUCAUCUGAUCAUUUUCCUCAUCAUCAUCAUCAUCAUCACUGUGUGUGUGUAGAGAUGCCUCCAGCGACAGGAGGGCCGAUAGGGUACACGCCUCCGGAGGGCGGAUGGGGCUGGGCGGUGGUCGUGGGGGCCUUCAUCAGCAUCGGGUUUUCCUACGCCUUCCCCAAGUCCAUCACGGUCUUCUUCAAAGAGAUCGAGGUGAUCUUCAAUGCCACCAGCAGUCAGGUGUCAUGGAUCUCAUCAAUCAUGCUGGCUGUCAUGUAUGCAGGAGGGCCAAUCAGCAGUAUUCUGGUGAAUAAGUUUGGUAGUCGGCCAAUCAUGAUUGCCGGAGGCUGUCUGUCUGGCACAGGAUUGGUUGCCGCAUCCUUCUGUAACUCAGUGGAGGGUCUUUACUUCUGUGUGGGAGUUAUAGGAGGUCUGGGCUUAGCUUUCAAUCUGAACCCAGCAUUGACCAUGAUCGGCAAAUACUUCUACAAGCGGCGGCCCAUAGCCAAUGGCAUCGCGAUGGCGGGCAGCCCGGUGUUCUUGUCCACACUGGCUCCGCUGAACAGCUGGCUGUUUGAUCAGUUCGGGUGGAGGGGCAGUUUUCUCAUCCUGGGCGGAGCUUUGCUCAACUGCUGCGUAGCAGGAUCAUUGAUGCGCCCCAUUGGACCAAAACCACAACCCGCCAGUUCUAAAGAGGAUGAGGGAAUGAAACCCCAAGAGAAAAAGACUGUCAUGCAAACCUUAAACAGCUUCCUGGAUCUGACGUUAUUCACUCACAGGGGCUUCCUGCUGUACCUGCUCGGAAACUGCAUCAUGUUUUUUGGCCUCUUCGCGCCCCUCGUCUUUCUCAGCAAUUAUGCGAAGAGUAAAGACAUUUCCAAGGACAAAGCUGCAUUCUUGUUGUCAAUCCUGGCCUUUACAGACAUGAUAGCUCGGCCGUCCAUGGGUCUGGUGGCCAACACACGCUGGGUCCGUCCGCGUAUACAGUACUUUUUCGCCGCGUCUGUGCUGUACAACGGAAUCUGUCACGUGUUCGCGCCAUUCUCCACCGAUUACCUCGGCUUUUGCAUUUAUGCUGUGUUUUUCGGUGUGGCGUUCGGUUGGCUCAGUUCUGUGUUGUUCGAGACUCUGAUGGAUCUCGUGGGGGCUCAGAGGUUCUCCAGCGCAGUCGGGUUGGUCACUAUUGUGGAAUGUGCACCUGUGCUGCUGGGACCUCCAUUACUGGGAAAACUCAACGAUAUAUACCAUGAUUAUAAAUACACAUAUUACGCAUGUGGAAUAGUCCUGAUGGUGGCCAGUAUAUUCCUGUUUGUGGGAAUGGGAAUCAACUACAGGCUAGUGGACAAAGAGAAGAGGCAGGAGGAGAGAAGAGCCAGGCUAGAAGGACGAGAUGAAGAGACAAAUGUAGACAAGGCCCUGAACGAGAAGGCGAGGGAGGCUGAUGGAGACAUGUCGGAGGCGUGAGCCUUCAUUUCCAAAAGGGAUACAGACACUAUUUAACGUGCACACACCAACAAUCCACGUCUUCCAGUUCCGGCCGUCCAAAACAACACAAACAUGAGUUCACCUUUAUUGAGCCUCUUAACAGCACAAAAGACAUUCGGGUGCCAAAUAUUUUUUCUCUUUACUGCUUUCACGGACACACCAACUCAUGCGGUCACAAACACACCUUAUAUUUUUUUUGUGACGACUUGAGCCACGUUUAUACAGAGUUUCUGUACACACUUUUAUUUGGUAUCUUAUGGCUUUAAAACACAUUCCUAGGUUGAUUUUUAUAUAAUUAUAGAGAUGGCACACAUAAAAAAAACAAAGCCGAUUUUCAUCAGUGUCAGCAUCGCCAUGGGAACAGUACUAUAUUUAGAAGAACCCUUUCACUUUGUGUUCUUCAUAUAAGAUCAGGUCAGAUGUAUAUCAGACUAAGUCAUUAUGUAAGAUACACAAAUGUUUAUGGAGUGUUUUUGUAUAUGUGUGUAUUGUCUGCGGUUCUGAUUGGCUAGUUGAGAAUACUACACGGCAUUGUGUGAUCUAGAUUUCACGUCAUACUGUUUUUUUGUGUGUUCUGUUAAAUAUGAUCUAUUGUUUGGCAGGUUGCUUGUUUCUGUACACCACAGCCGAGCGUUGCCUUCACCUUGUUCUGACGUCACAAUGUCACAUUGGUUCUCAAGCUUGUUACUCAACGUCUCAUCGCCCAACUGUGUUUCUCUGUCACCAUGGAGAUUUCCACGGUAACUGUUUUAUAAACCGGCAGUCAGCAUACUUGUGUACUGCUCUGUGCAAAUCCCACUACGGAAGAAUUUACAUGUCAAGUUGUAUUUUUGCUUGUGUACGUCAUUUGCAGUCAAGAUGGUUUUUUGUGUCUUUUAUGCACUAGGAAAAAUGCCACUAGGGAACGUACAUGUAGGAGAACAUGAUGCGUGUCUUUCUCCACCUUUGACCACACUAUACGCACACGUCUGUUUCAUUGUAGUUGCCAAAAAGCUCUUGUGCUUUGGAAUGUGUGCCUUUUGAUUUACACACAAGUAUUUGUAUUUAAACCUAACAAGACUAACCUCUAAACACUCUUUAACAAUUGAUUGAAUGACAAGAGCUUGAACAUUUAUUAAUUUCGUAACCUGACAGUAAUUUGCUUUUUAUGUCACAUUGGGAUGGAGUAUUUUGAAGAUCUUCAUUUCAAGGCAGCAACCAGUGCAAGUGUGAUAACGUGCAUUUGUUUUCUGCAGACAAAUUCCAGCACGGAAGACUGCAUUUUAAGUUCUGCUGUUAAAACUCCAAAACUGAACACAUUUGUUUAUUUGUACAAUGAAGCAUAUUCAAAAUCUAAACAGGUGAGUGCAUUACCAAAGCAGAAUUUACUUCUGUGUUUCAAAACUAGUACUAGAACAAGCUACAAAAGGUUUUGCAGAUUAUUGAAAUAAUAAUAGGUGUGUUUAAAGAUCAGAUAAGUGACUGGUGCCUGUAAAGGGCUGAAUUUACAAGCAUUUUUUAAAUGGAGUGACUAGGUUGGCAAAAGGGAGGAAACUCCACUCCCUGCUGGUGGCUGGAGGGCAUUGCGACACUGCCAUCUAGCAACAAACGUGUCAAAUGUAACAAGUCACUUUAUAGUAAACAAUGUGGGGUUUCUGGGAUCAGUGUGAAAGCAUAGCGAGUGGCUAUUUUUGUGUAGCGCAUUAGGUAAGUUGUAUACUGGAUUAAUUCAUACUCGUGUACAUUUAACCUCCGUUUUCACAUUUUCUAUAGAGAGGCCAUUUUCACCUCAGUAGAAACUGUUCUGAAGGAUGUGUUUGUAUGCUGUUGUAUUCCGGUGUAGCAGAGUUCGUAUCUCAGCAAGGCUGUAUAUUCAAUGCAUUGCUAACUGGAUCUCGGAUAAGAUCAAGAUUCCUACUGAACUUCUGUUAACAGAACAGGAUAAUAUAAUUGCUGUGGAUUCAUGUCAGUGUUUUCAAUUUGUAAUAGCGUGAAGGAAAAUUAAGCUGUACUGAGAAAAUGGACGUAUCAGUAGAUACAACACAAAAGUAACACACUAACAUGGGUGCUUAAAAUGUUGUUUGUCAGACAACUGACUGAGGCAAAGAAAGCAAGUUUGUGUUUGUGCUCAAAUUCCUUGCAAACUGAUCUCGUGAUUUAGGAGAGUCCGGCCUACCCUCUAGUAAACGGUAUGAAUAAUAGUAUUAUUUAGACAUUUGAAAUCACGAGUGAUAUUUUGUAUGUUUGAUGUUUUGUCUGGACGAGCAAAUCAAUAAACGUUUUUAAAAA